GUGGGUACUUCUCCCCUUAGAGUCAUUCAGUCGGCUCGUGCGUGGAUAAACAUACGCACGCUGCGCACGAACUGAUGUGUUACGUGCCUUUUUUUUUUUUUUGUGUAAAAUAUUGCGAAAUACGGCUAACCCGUUUUUUGCGUUAUCUUUUUAAAACGAUAUAUACACAUGUAUGUGAGGAAGUGUGACCAGUUUUAAAACGCAUACACAUGUCACAUUGCGAGCUUUAUUUGGGUACAAUACUUCCCCCCCACAAGAACACAAAAUAAAUGCAGCUCCUCCGCCGCCCCUCCACUUUUAUAAACACUGCAAAUAAUAUUGCCAUGUGAUUUAGAUCCCCCCAAUUCUGACCCUUCAUCUUCAUGUAGUGUAAAUACCGUUUGCUAUAAUGCCAAAGUUUAACUUCUUCCCAAAGGUCAAUUUUUUAGCCUACAUAAAAAGAAUUAAGUUAAAGUACAACCCCUGUGCCGCAUACAAUGACAACUGCCGUAGCUUAAUUUAUCAUAUUGAAACACAGCAGAAAAAAGACAAGUUCCUGGAUCUGGAAUACAAGCUGGAGUUAAUUGAUUAUAAUGAAGAACCUCUGAUAGAAAUUGAAAUGCAAAAUAGCAAGGUUUUCAAGUUUAACCCGGAGAAUUACGACUUGGCAGAAAUUCAGCGAGUGAUUGACGAAGAUCAGCAGCAGCUGCACAAGAACUUUAUGAAGGCAAAUUUGUUGGAGAACAAUGAGAAUUCCUUUUGAAAUAAAAAAGGGUGCCCUCCUCACGAUUCAUAAGAAUAAUUCGCCCCCUUGCGUGUGGUCAAUUUGGUGUACAUAUGCAAAAUGACAUGUUUGACAAGGGGGUUACCAAGAAAAGAGUCACCAAUGUGUAACAGCUAUCACGGGUAAGUUGCAACGUGGAAUAAUUAGCUUAACAGAAUUCCUCCUACAUUUUUGACAACUCUUUUUGCGAACCGUUUUGAAGGUGGACGCGAUGCAAAUGAUCCACUCGCAUGUGCUGAUAUGCCCACAUGUCAAAUAAAUAAUUGGGGCAUUACAAGAAAUU